AUGCCCGCCAUUCGCCCCGCCUCGAAGCGCAAGCCACCCCCAGAGGGCUUCGCCGACAUCGAGGAGGACCUGCUCAUCUUCGCCAACAAGAUGAAGGACGCGCAGAACAUGCCGACGGACAACAUCCCCAAGCACCAGGCCAAAUGGCCCAUCUUCCAGAUUUCGCACCAGCGGAGCCGGUACAUCUACGAGCUCUACUACGAGAAGGAAGCCAUCAGCAAGCAGCUGUACGAGUGGCUGCUCAAGAACGGAUACGCGGACGCGAUGCUGAUUGCCAAGUGGAAGAAGAACGGCUACGAGAAGCUGUGCUGUUUGCGCUGCAUUCAGACCAAGGAGACCAACUUCAACUCGACGUGCAUCUGCCGCGUACCCAAGGCCGAGCUGAAGGAGGGCCAGGAUGUGCAGUGCGUGAGCUGUGGGUGCAGAGGGUGUGCCACUGGCGAUUAA